GAGUCGAGAUUGUGCCACUGCACCCCAGCCUGGACCAGACAGAGACUCCGUCUCAAAAAAAGAAAAAAAAAAAAAUUGGAUGAUAUCUUGAAGCCCCUACCUGAUAAAGUCCAAUUUCUUUUUUUGAAGCCCAGUUUCUUUAUCCUUAUGUGUAAGGACUUUUGUAGUCUGUGGCUCCAAAUUCCUUUUCCAGCCUUGUCACCUGUCAUUCCUCAUCAGGGAACCUCUUGUUUUGAUGAAGCCCAGCUUUCCUGCCACAUGCCUCUGUAUUUUUGCACACAUUGUUUUCUUCCGCCUUACUGAAUCCCACAAUUCUUUCAAGGCUCAACUCUUCAUAAAGCCUUUUUCAACUUGCCAGACUCUGUUUACGUUUCUUUACUAUCACAACACUUCAUUCAUGCAUUUAUGUAGUUGUUAUAUUGCUUGAUGUUUAGUAACUUGUGUUUUGGUAGCCGCCUUAUGGGUAGGCUUAUUCACUGCCGUAUCACUAAUGUCUAAAAUAGCAUUGAACCCCAAGGAUACCACAAGACAAAGCCCUCACGGAGUUUAUAAUGAAUCUGAGACAUAGCAGAUACGUAAAAGUAGUUGUGGAAUGAACUGACUGUAGAAAAAACCCUUCAAAUAUAGAAAAUUGUAUUCUAGACCAUAAAUAGUGAUCUUUCUCUUGUUUUUCAAACAUUCCUUCCUUUCCUUAGGAAAAGCAUAGACUGGAAAGCCCAGCCCAUCCUUGUUGGCUGUCAUACACGAGUGCUGUCUCCAAGGGAGUCAUAGGUGUCUCAGAUGUGAGAGGAUCCCGGGGAGAUUGAGCUUACUACCUGGGAACUUGCGGAUUUCUGGAGAAGCAGGCUGUGGUAGCCUGGCGAUGCAUCAGUGAAUACCCGGGAAAGGAGCUGGAGCUCUGUUUUGCUUGCUUUCUGCAUUUGUUUCUUUUAGAGCUAAUGGGGACAUAAUAUUUUGAAGUUUUUCCAUUUCGGGUCUGUGGCAUGUAGUGGUAUUUUCCUUAUAGUUAUGUUUUCCAAAUACUUUUCAGUUUCUUUGGUUCUGACAUUUCACAAUGAGUUUAAAAAAAUGUAAUAUGGAAAUUAAACUUGAGGUUUUCAGAAGCUGCUUUCAAGAUUUCUAGAUGCAGAGAGAAGAAUAUCACAGUAGGAAGUGCACUGGACUGGGGGAGUCAGGAGACCUGGGUUCUUGUGUUGGCGCCGUCACUCAUGAGCUACGAGGUGAAUUCAGGCUGCCAUUGGACCUGUGGAGUGCCUGAGUCAUGUGAUAAUGGGCUACAUUGAGGACCCCUGGGCCAUCUCCACAGGAGAUGCCAGAGGACAAGUGCCCACUUGCUGAUCUUCACGGAGCACCCUGAAAUGAGACGGUUUAAGCGGAAGCAUCUUACUGCCAUCGACUGCCAGCAUUUGGCUCGGAGUCACUUGGCUGUGACCCAGCCCUUCGGUCAGAGAUGGACAAACAGAGAUCCGAACCAUGGUCUCUAUCCUAAACCCAGAACAAAAAGAGGGAGUAGGGGUCAGGGACGUCAAAGAUGUAUCCCUGAGUUCUUCCUAGCAGGCAAGCGGCCGUGCACCAAUGACAUGGCCAAAAGCAAUUCUGUUGGCCAGGACAGCUGUCAGGACUCUGAGGGUGACAUGAUCUUUCCUGCAGAGAGCAGCUGUGCACUGCCUCAGGAAGGCAGUGGAGAAGCAUGGCUGGGCUCAUCAGGGUCUGCCCCGCCCUCCAGGAAGCGGUCUCGGUCCUCUGAGGAAGAGAGUAACCAGGCUACCGGGACCAGCCGGUGGGAUGGAGUUUCUAAGAAAGCUCCGCGGCACCAUUUGACUGUGCCAUGCACAAGGCCUAGGGAGGCCAGGCAAGAAGCAGAGGACAGUACGUCUCAACUCUCUGAGGAGUCUGGAGAAACCGACCGAGAUGCUGGGGACAUGGGUCCUGAUCCCAUUCCUGACUCAUACUAUGGGCUUCUUGGGACCUUGCCCUGCCAGGAAGCACCAAGCCACAUUUGUAGCCUGCCUAGUGAGGUCCUGAGGCACGUGUUUGCCUUCCUCCCGGUGGAAGACCUCUAUUGGAACCUGAGCUUGGUGUGCCACCUGUGGAGGGAGAUCAUCAGUGACCCUCUGUUCAUUCCUUGGAAGAAGCUGUACCAUCGAUACCUAAUGAACGAAGAGCAAGCUGUUAGCAAAGUGGACGGCAUCCUGUCUAACUGUGGCAUAGAAAAGGAGUCAGACCUGUGUGUGCUGAACCUCAUACGAUACACAGCCACCACUAAGUGCUCCCCGAGUGUGGAUCCUGAGAGGGUGCUGUGGAGUCUGAGGGACCACCCCCUCCUCCCCGAGGCUGAGGCGUGUGUGCGGCAACACCUCCCUGACCUCUAUGCUGCUGCCGGGGGUGUCAAUGUCUGGGCCCUGGUGGCGGCUGUGGUGCUCCUCUCCAGCAGUGUGAAUGACAUCCAGCAACUGCUUUUCUGCCUCCGGAGACCCAGCUCCACGGUGACCAUGCCAGAUGUCACCGAGACCCUGUACUGCAUAGCUGUGCUUCUCUACGCCAUGAGGGAGAAGGGAAUUAACAUCAGCAAUAGGAUUCACUACAACAUUUUCUAUUGCCUAUAUCUUCAGGAGAAUUCCUGCACUCAGGCCACAAAAGUUAAAGAGGAGCCAUCUGUCUGGCCAGGCAAGAAAACCAUCCAACUUACACAUGAACAACAGCUGAUUCUGAAUCAUAAGAUGGAACCUCUCCAGGUGGUGAAAAUCAUGGCCUUUGCAGGCACUGGAAAGACCUCAACCCUGGUCAAGUACGCAGAGAAGUGGUCUCAGAGCAGGUUUCUGUAUGUGACGUUCAACAAGAGCAUCGCAAAGCAGGCCGAACGCGUCUUCCCCAGCAACGUCAUCUGCAAAACCUUCCAUUCCAUGGCCUACGGGCACAUAGGGCGGAAGUACCAGUCGAAGAAGAAGUUGAAUCUCUUCAAGUUAACACCUUUCAUGGUCAACUCCGUCCUUGCUGAAGGGAAGGGUGGAUUCAUAAGAGCCAAGCUCGUGUGUAAGACUCUGGAGAACUUCUUUGCCUCCGCUGACGAAGAGCUGACCAUUGAUCACGUGCCUAUUUGGUGUAAGAACAGCCAAGGACAGAGAGUCAUGGUUGAGCAGAGUGAAAAACUGAAUGGUGUCCUUGAAGCAAGCCGCCUCUGGGAUAACAUGCGGAAGCUGGGGGAGUGCACAGAAGAGGCGUACCAGAUGACUCAUGACGGCUACUUGAAACUCUGGCAGCUGAGUAAGCCUUUGCUGGCCUCUUUUGACGCCAUCUUUGUGGAUGAGGCCCAGGACUGCACACCAGCUAUCAUGAACAUAGUUCUGUCUCAGCCAUGUGGGAAAAUCUUUGUAGGGGACCCGCACCAGCAGAUCUAUACCUUCCGGGGUGCGGUCAACGCCCUGUUCACAGUGCCCCACACCCACGUCUUCUAUCUCACGCAGAGUUUUCGGUUUGGUGUGGAAAUAGCUUAUGUGGGAGCUACUAUCUUGGAUGUUUGCAAGAGAGUCAGGAAGAAGACUUUGGUUGGAGGAAACCAUCAGAGUGGCAUUAGAGGUGACGCAAAGGGGCAAGUGGCCUUGUUGUCCCGGACCAACGCCAAUGUGUUUGAUGAGGCCGUACGGGUGACGGAAGGGGAAGUCCCUUCAAGGAUACAUUUGAUUGGGGGGAUUAAAUCAUUUGGAUUGGACAGAAUCAUUGAUAUUUGGAUCCUUCUUCAGCCAGAGGAAGAACGGAGGAAACAAAACCUCGUCAUUAAAGACAGAUUUAUCAGAAGAUGGGUGCACAAAGAAGGCUUUAGUGGCUUCAAGAGGUAUGUGACCGCUGCUGAGGACAAGGAGCUUGAAGCCAAGAUCGCAGUUGUUGAAAAGUAUAACAUCAGGAUUCCAGAGCUGGUGCAAAGGAUAGAAAAAUGCCAUAUAGAAGAUCUGGACUUUGCAGAGUACAUUCUGGGCACUGUGCACAAAGCCAAAGGCCUGGAGUUUGACACUGUGCAUGUUUUGGAUGAUUUUGUGAAAGUGCCUUGUGCCCGGCAUAACCUGCCCCAGCUUCCCCACUUCAGAGUUGAGUCAUUUUCUGAGGAUGAAUGGAAUUUACUGUAUGUUGCAGUAACUCGAGCCAAGAAGCGUCUCAUCAUGACCAAAUCAUUGGAAAACAUUUUGACUUUGGCUGGGGAGUACUUCUUGCAAGCAGAGCUGACAAGCAACGUCUUAAAAACAGGCGUGGUGCGCUGCUGCGUGGGACAGUGCAACAAUGCCAUCCCUGUCGACACCGUCCUCACCAUGAAGAAGCUGCCCAUCACCUAUAGCAACAGGAAGGAAAACAAGGGGGGCUACCUCUGCCACUCCUGCGCAGAGCAGCGCAUCGGGCCCCUGGCGUUCCUGACGGCCUCCCCGGAGCAGGUGCGCGCCAUGGAGCGCACCGUGGAGAACAUCGUGCUGCCCCGGCAUGAGGCCCUGCUCUUCCUCGUCUUCUGAGGCCAAGGCGCACGUUCUCCGCAGUGCAGAGCAGCUUGCCGAGGACCCCGCGUGAAGAAAGCCAGCGAGGGGGGCUCCCGCUCCCUGAGACUCUGGGUUCACCCACAGCACUUUCUGAGGAAGAGGACGCCAGCCCAAGCUGGACCUGCCAUUUCUCCACUCCCUACAGACAGCCAGUCUCCACUUGCCUCCGCUCCAGACAUAUCUGGUCGGGGAAGUGGGGGAUGUUCUUUUGAUAAAAAAAAAAACAUUUUAUGUAUUUAAACUUUUAUUACAAGAUUUCAAUUAAACAGGCACCAUAGCACUGGCA